AUGCUCGCCUUUACCAUUACGUCGACAGAGCAGGAGCGGACAGUGAAGCGGCUGAAGGUCGACAGCCCUUCAGCGUCUCUCGAAUGCGAGGAUGACGGUGAGAACAGCUGCAGCAGCCUGCUGCAUAUCGCAGAGGCCAAUCCUGCGUUAGAGAGCGUGCAGCGUACCCCACCCCUGUCUAAGCACGCUGACACUCCUGCAACGGAGGCGGUGAAUGGCGUCUCUCCCGAGGUCUCACCGGCGAACUCGUCGAGGAGCCGCCCCAGCAGCGACGACGACGAUGACGGCAAGGACAAAAAGGACAUGAGUGACGACCACCUUUCUUUCCCGGUGGCACGGCAACUUAGCGGCGACAUGUGGUGCGUGACACGCACACCAACGGGGUCUGCCGUGACGGCUACAGCCGCCAUAGCCGGUGGCGCAGCUGCUCCGCCGCUCCCCAUCACGACAAACGGCGCCAUCACUGCACUGCGCAGUCUUGGCCAACUGCAGACGCUCGUGAGCAGCACAAACACGUCGUCCGCGAAGGAUAAGGUGCACCCUAGUCUGCGGCUCAAGCCGGGCGAGACGGUAAUGCUGCUGUUGCACUUUGACGAGACGUCCCUGCGCUCGCUCAUCAACGGCGCGACAACGGAACUAUCGCAGAUGCGCGUCUUUACGCUUAACCUGGCGAAGCUGCCGCCGCAUGACUACGAGGCGACCCCCGAAAAGCGCCUGAGCGCCGGUGGGUGUACCAGCAGCCCCGAUGCGAGCGACCGUGCGCGGCGUGGCGGCGCUGGUGUGCCACAAGUCACGGCCCAAGACACUGAGGACGAGGACGAGGAGGAGCUGGUGCCGGCGGUGCACCCAGUGGCGGUGUCGACAGCGGCCGCAGCGGGGACCAGCACCAUUGCGGAGAAGGAGUGCCCUCCUCGCUCGUCGGUCUCCACGGGUGGCGCCCUCGCGCUCGACGAGGCUGCCACCGUCUCCUCGCUCUCUGGCGACCUCCACCACGCUAGCGAUGUCAUCAGCGAUAAGCUGCACCAGAUGCUGGCAGUGGACACCAUACUGAACCCCCACGCUUCCCAGCAGCAGCGUGGCCACGGGAGUGGCGACGGCGGUGCCGCCGGCACUGGCAAGAAGGAGCCGUUGCUUUUCCCCGCCAUGAUCGUCUGGCGCGCUGCUGGCGCCCCACGCGAGGAGUACCCACCGGCACCGCCGCAGACUUACUCUUCCCAGCCUCCAUCCACCCCUGCAGAGCUCUUUUCCGACCGCCUUUCUGCCCAGGGCGGGCCACUGGUGGUGAAGGAGGCAACCGGGGUGGACCAGGUGCACUCCUUGACGCUGUUCCGCCCCGUCUUCACGAUGGAACAUCUUUUCCGCACCCUUGUCCGUACUGUCGCGCCGUCGUUUGCUGCCAGAGGCACUGGCGAGAAGUCCCGCACGGUGCUGUACCUCGGCGCAUCGUGGUGCCCGCCUUGCAUGCGCUUCGUGCGUGAGAUGCCGCGCUUCAUCCGAGAGGAUCUGCCGUCGAGUGUCGUGUGCACCCUGAAGGCGGACAUGGACUUGGCCAAGCCCAUCUAUGACUACUUCAAGGUGGAGAUAAUCCCUACCUUUGUUGUCCUGGACAACGAGGUACUCAUGAAGUGCUACGAGACUGUGCAGCGUCAGCAAAGCAGUGCUGCCAGUAGCGGCGGCGGCGGCGCCUCGCAGUCCGACUACGCCCGUGCCAUCCAGGAGGCCUUCUCUAAGGCAGAGCUGGGCCGCCUACAGAACUCCAACAGGCAGCUCGUGAGCACCUUUAUCUCGAAGCACAGUCAAGCUCUGAGCUUCGAUGAGGACUUCUGA